AAUAAUAUUGGUCGCGAAAGCCUACGUGUUAAACUGUAUAUAACAAAUUGAUUAUCAACUGUCCAUGAGAAGUGUUAUGAGCUGGCCCCCUGCCCCUGCGGCCGCCACAGACACGGAGGAGGGUUGCCCCACCUGCAAGGCAUCGCUGCUCGUGGUGAAGGAGGCGGCUGAGGCUCUCAGGGCGGGGCCCGCGGAGCGCCGCGUGGCCGUGUGGAGGCACCGCGGGGGGACCCCGGCCUUCGGCCUCGACGCCGAGUGGAAGUUCCCGAGCCUCGUCCUCUUCGCCGCUUCCACGCCCGUGAUCUACCAGGGCGCCUUCGUGGCGCAGGCCGUGGUGGACUGGGUGGAGGAGUCGCGGGGGGCUCGCCUCGAGCGACUCCACGGGGCCAACUUUGAGAACUCGACCCGGAGCCAGCAGAAGGGCGCCCCGGCCACGUGGCUCGUGAUGUUCUACGAGCCGUCGUGUGACGAGGUGCGGCCCUUGGUGCCCGUGAUGGGAGCCGUGGCGGCCAAGGCGCGCAGCGAGGCGCGGGUGGGGGUGGUGGACAUGGACUCGGAGACCACAGAGGGACUGGUCAAGCGCUUCGGGGUCAAGCGCGGCUGCUUCCCCACCAUCAUCCUGAUCAAGCAGGAGGAAGUGAAGCUAAAAUAUCACAGGAGCGAGCGACUAGUGGAGUCCGGGAGCAGCCUGGCCAAGGGGGUGAUGUACACGUUCAACCUGGAGAAGCAUGAGGUGACUUUCGACUCGCUCAUGUUCUUCCUCACCGAGGGCUUCCAGGCCGAGGAGGGGGAGGAGGUGCCCCCCCCGUGGAGCCCCCUGGACGAGGUGAUUGACCAGAUAGCGUCCAAGUGCAAGAGCAUGUUCCUGGAGGACGGCGUGUGCGUGCUGGACGACAGCGAGGUCGAGCGGCUACAGUUCAAGGAGCCCGGCCGCCAGAAGUACCUCACCACCAACAUUCAGCCCCAGGGGGGCCGUGUGGCGGCCAUCGUGCUCGUACUCAUGGCCAUGUUCGCCUGCCUGGGCCUCGCCUACGUCAAACUCAAGUCGUGGGGGGUCCUGGGCUCCUGGAACCUCGAGUGAUGCGGUG